UGUUGGGUGCUGCUGCGCAGAGAGUGGAGGCUGAGGAGGAGGAGGGGGAGGUGCUGGAUAGACACAGAUGUCUGUUGGCCCUGGCAGCGCUGCGACACGCCAAGUGGUUCCAGGCUCGAGUGAACGGGCUCAAGUCCUGCGUUAUCGUUCUCAGGAUACUUAGAGACAUGUGCAAUAGACACUCCAUCUGGGAACCUCUCAAGGGAUGGCCCUUAGAGCUUAUCUGCGAGAAGGCAAUCGCCACCUGCAACAGACCUCUGGGGGCCGGAGAAGCCCUGCGUCGAGUCAUGGAGUGUGUGGCCUCAGGCAUACUGCUACCAGGUGGUCCAGGUUUACACGACCCGUGUGAGAAAGAGCCAACAAACACACUAACCAACAUGACAGACCAGCAGGCUGAGGCCAUUACCUACCGUGCACAGCAUGCCCUGAGACUCAUGGCAUUCGGACAGAUCUACAAGGUGUUGGAAAUGGACCCUCUUCCCUCAAAUAAACCAUCACAUAAAUACCCUUGGUCAGACAAAGAAGGUUUAGGUUUGAAAAGGCCGUAUGAGGAUGGAGCGAUGGAUGACAAAGACCUCAUCAAGAAGAUGAAGAGGAAUCUAAGAAAAGUCCUAGACAGUAAAGCCAUAGACUCCAACCAGCCUAUGAACGCCCUGAUGCGGUUGAACCAGAUCCGGCCGGGGCUGCAGUACCGCCUGCUGUCCCAGUCGGGCCCGGUUCACGCUCCAGUCUUCACCAUGUCCGUGGACCUCGAUGGAACCGUUCACGAAGCCUCUGGAUCCUCCAAGAAGACCGCCAAGCUGCACGUUGCUGUCAAGGUUCUCCAGGCGAUGGGCUACCCAACAGGGUUCGACUCAGACCUGGACCCCAUGAGUUCAGACGAGAAGUCGGACGGGGAGGGGAAGAGCGAGACGUCAUCACACACGAGCAAUAACCCAACACACACCUCGGACAAUUCCAACGCACUGGAGGUGCGAACUCAGGGUCCGAUACUGACGGCGAGUGGGAAGAACCCCGUCAUGGAGCUAAACGAAAAGAGACGAGGCCUCAAAUACGAACUCAUCUCUGAAAGUGGAGGCAGUCACGACAAACGCUUUGUUAUGGAGGUGGAGGUUGAUGCACAGAAGUUUCGUGGGGCAGGCCCCAAUAAAAAAGUAGCAAAGGCCAGUGCUGCUCUAGCGGCUCUAGAAAAACUCUUCUCUGGUCCAAAUGCAGCUGUAAACAAGAAAAAGAAGAUAUUGCCUCAGACAAAAGGAGUCCUGGCGGCCGCCGCCGCCGCCUCAGCAGUAGCAGCUCAGGUCGCCCGAGGAAGAGGAAGAGCAGCCCUCGCGAGAGGAGCCUUCGUCAGCGCCGCCGCACCAGGAUAUGUCACUCCAGGCUUUGGGGCACCGUAUGGCUACAGCCCCGCUGCAGCAGCUGCUCCUGCAUACGAUAUGAUGCGCAGCCAUUCGAUGAGAGGACCCAGUAUCUUGUCCAAUGGUGGUCUUUUCAUUGACAAUCCCUUCUACCAGCCGCGGACCCUCGCUCCUUUUAUCAUUCAUCUGGGUCCCCAGGAUCUCUUCUCUGACUUCUAGUGGCAGAAGGUUGUUGGAAACUCUCUUCACACUGACCUGUGUGUACAUGCAGGACGCCUAUCUUUAUGUCCUUCUCUAAGCCUUUUGAUGCAGGUGAUGGGCUCACAGAUCUCAAACUGUUUCUGUUUGAUCAGUCCGCCGGAAAAAAAAACGUUCUGUCAGCAGCAGAGUAUCAAAUCUCACCUACUGACCGAGAGGCUCAACGCUCCACUUUCUGUAUUCUCUAUUCUCCAACCAGAUGAUCACUUCAGAGGAGGGAAACUUUACACAAAGCAAUACUCGGAUUGUAUGAGGAACGUUCAGCUGUGCGAGGCUGGGCUGAACUUCUUUCUUAUAGCAAUACACCAGAACUCCUCUCCAAGCUUACUGACUUGAGAAGAUGUGAAUGUCCGAUGGAGUUUUACCCAACACAGCAUUGCAAUAGCUCAUUCUGAUUGUAUAUUCAUUGUAUGUGUGUGUACGUGUGGCUAUAACAUGACUAUAUACACAUAUAUGUAUGGUGUAUGUUUCUAUAACAAUGUGUUGACAAUAAUAUUACUAUAUGAGGAUGUAUUUAUGUAAAUAUUCUAUAAAAUAUAACUAUUGUUGGUAUAAAUUAUUUUAGAAUUAUAACGUGAGAUGUAACUGUAAUAUCACAGUAUAGCUUUCUUCCAAUUUUAUAUACACUGAGCAAUUGAAGCUAGUUCUAGGAGAUGCAAUAUUAUCUUUGGUAUUCCUAUUAACCCUGUGCUGUUAGAAUAUGUAUGCUUCCUUCUUUCCUUUCCUUCCUCUCCUUACUUUCCCUCUAUCUUUGAUGUCUUUCUGAGCACGCUCUCUGCUGCCCGAGGUCUGUUUACGUGGCCCGGACCAGAGGUGCUCACUACUACUGAACACACUCAUCACCUAAUCACACCUGUGCACACCCAGGCACACACACUCUCCUGUCAAGAAGCACAUUUUCUAAAGUCUCACUGCUGGCAGGGAAUACUGUUGUUACAAAUACAGUACUGUAUGUGUAUAGUAUGUGUAUACAUCCUCCAUAACACCCAUCAACACUCUGUCCCGCUCGCCUUAGGGACCAAAAGCACAGCUCACUCGCGCAUUGCUGUUCCUUCUUUCUGCCAACACACACAUUCACACACACCCUUCCCUCCAGCCUCUUUUCCUAUAGGGACAUGAUGGUGGCAGAUACAGCCUGGUCAAAGGGCGUGUCUUAAAAAAUGGCAUCUCACAAGUUACUGGCUAACUAAUUAAAGGUAUAGCUCAGAAAAAGGUCUUAAAAGUGGAGCUUUAAAUUCGAUUGAUGUGUUCCUGCCUGGGAAUAACUAUAUUUCAUGGGUUGGUUAUGUCAGCUGUCGGUACUUAGAAGGAGGGAGUUUACCUUUGGUUUCUUUUGCCGGUCACUGAUACUUAAAAAAAAAACCAACAUGUCUGAUCAGUCAACCACAGCAGUCUCUGGCCUCAAGUUACAGUACAUUUAAGGAUUCUAAUAAGUUCCACAGAGUGAGAUGUACUCUUUAAACAUGAAGUAUAAACCCAUACUAUCAGAACUCAAGAUUAGUAUUGAGAAAGAAAAGCCGGACUGGUGCAUGCCUAGUUUCAAUCACAGUGGCUGAGACACCUGUCAAUCAAGCAAACGUCUCUGUUAGGCAACAUCUUCUGAACAUUUUUAGCACGAUAUUAGAAAAAUACAAAAGUUGUAUUUACCUGUAUUUGAGACAGAAGUUGGAUUCUUAAAGGAUUUGAAACCCCUAACACAGCCAGCUUGUUAAGGCCAGUCUCCGUGUUGAUGAACUGUUACAGAGAGAUUUGGGGGGUGAAGUUUGGUUUGUUAUCAUUUGUAGUCUUAAAAAUGCAUGAAUAUUGUGUUUGACUAUGUAUCCCUAGGCCGUUGAGAAUGCUAUAGCACAGAUUGCAAGUUUUAUUUGCGUAGAUUGUAGUUAGAGUGAGAGAUGAGGUGUUCCAUUAAACUCUAAAGUGCUUAACGCUUAAGUAUGUUGGGUCUAACUUUGGGCUGUAAUCAGCCAGAAAGCAGCAUACACAAAGUACUCACUCAGUUCUAUGUGGGAUUCUUUGCAAAUAUCUGUAGUGCUUCUAAAAGCUCUUCAUCAGUUUUAUUUUAUUUUUAGCCUUCAAUAGAGACAAGGUGUCAGUCAGCAGAGACAAAAUCGACCAGAAUGUGAAUCAAAAGGCUUUGAUUCCCCUCAAGCUCGCCUUGAUCUGCGCACCUGUUUGAUCUCCUGCGUUUGCUUCAGCUUUGAUAAAAACAAAAAUGACGUCUGAGAAUGCGGUGAUAGACGUCCUAACGCCUCAAAGCCCAUUGUUUUCAAGACUUUUGAGUCAAAUUAGAGUUCUAUUUUGCGACACCACUGAGCUGACAGUCAAGAGAAUUCUUUAGUUUUACUGAAUAUGGAAUACAAUGAGAGUCAGGAUGUAAAUGUUGUCUCUGCUUAUCGGUUCCUUAAACCUGGUUAUGGUUCAGCCAUUCAGCAUCAUGGACAGAACAUCUGUGUUGAAAUCAGAGCUUGUAAACAUUAGCUGUUAGCCGCCGUCAAAGGUUGCAGUGAAUGACUUUACUCCAUUCACAAAAAAUUGGAAUCGGGGAGCAACGUUAUCAUGAUAUCAAAUGUAAUCUUGUUAACUGUUUAUUUUGGCGAGAUACUUGAAUAAAUAUAGUUGUUUGAAGAUAAAGAAAGUAGUCGAGUUGAGUAAAAUUACCUCAAAAUGUCAGUAAAUUCCACUACCUAUAUGAAGACAUUUGUUAGCAUGCCGUUUUAAGAAAAUAAACUGAACAAAUCUCGGUCAUUUACGUAUGGGUAGCUGGUUACUCGACAUAAACACAGUGUGUCUGUUACAGCCAGAGUCCACAUCCGUUGCCUCUGCUCCGCACGACACAUUUGUUUAGCUAUUCCAAGCAUUUCCCACCAAAUCACAGAGCACCUCCGGCCCUCUCAUCUCAUCUGAGAGAGGCACUGCUUUGCCGUUUUCAUCCUUGUGUGGAAUUCACGUUGAGGUGAAUAACUGUGUUGAAACAGAGCUUCUCUAUCGGCUAAGAAUUUCUCCUUAUUUCCCCUCUGCCCUCUCUCUGUCCAGAUGGCCCACAUUAAUAAGGCAGAUAUUCAUACCUCAGUGAGCAACCUUUUCAUUUCCCCUGUGACUGAACAGACACGCUGGAGGAGUCACCCUGACUACUGACCUGUCCUCUUGGUCUGUUGGCCGGACAACCGCUCACAGGAAAGGAGGCAGAGUGAGAGCUCAGGGAAACACGCUCGGUCUAAAAAUGGCGCAGGCGUCUGUAGAGGUUGGGGAGUUGUUUCCUUAGUUAGGCAGAUUUGUGUUUCUUGUUAGGCUUUACGGUAAUACGUGAGGAAAAAUAACUUUUUACCACUUCCCAGAAGCCCUGUUUGAAGAUUUGGACAGUUGUGUCCAUGUGGAUAACUUUUCUAGAGAGUAAUGCUUAUUUGUCCUGCUCCCGGUCCCUGUGAGUUCUAUGAUGGAUGUUCAUCCCUUUCCAUUGUUCCCAUGAAAGGUCUCAGAGAUCACUAUGAAACAGGAAAACAUGGCAGCCAUUGUAAACGCAUCUCCCUGCAUCUACACUUUGACAUACACAGCCUCUCUCUGGGCGUGUGAUUACACCUGUAAAUCUUCUAAGCACAAAACACACACACAUUGUUCUCAGGGCCACCUGACACACACGUUUAUGCAAAUAGACACAGAAGUAAUCAUAUAUGUAAAUAUUUCAUCAUUCACUGACAAUAACAGCCGAGCCCAUUGAGACAUUGUUUGCUUCAUGGUUUGUAUAUCACACAUAAGAUUGUAUGUAGUGAGAAUUGUAAAAGUGGUUAGGCCUUGUUUGUACUUUAGGAUUUGAGCCAUGUAUAGCUGAGAAAAUACAUCUCCCCUAUUUGUUUUCUUGGUGCUUUAUAACAGCCUGUCUGUAGCACUGUAUAUAAUGGAUGUUACUUUACCUUUUUGGAGAACCAGCAGUUACCCGUGAACAACAUAAACUUUGCUGACAGGGGACAAAAGGGAGUUAUUUUGGCACCAAAUGCAGUUGCUUUGCACGUUUAAAUGCUGCAAUAUGUUCAGUAGUUAAAGUGUGCUUUUCGCUGCCAGUCGCACAAUUUCCCUCGGGCUACUCUUCAUCCCGCUGCCAGGGUUAAAGGUCAAACAGGAUAGGGAAUAAUGCAGAGAGGCUGUCUGUUAACAGGUUCUGGAUUGUUCUGCGGGAUGGGAUUCAUCCAGACACCAAAGACUCUGAAGGCUUUGUUGCAAAAAUCUGAUAUUCCAUACAGUACGGGAGGUGAUACUCGCCAUCUAGACAGUUAACAAAUACCAGGUGGUAAAUGAAGGAGAAAAGUGUCUUGCAUUAGCACAGAGACGCUAGGAGACAUGCUAAAUGUGUCUGAAAGCAGAGGAAGAAGAGCCGAAAGAGCCAGCAGGUCCAUCAUCUGAACUCUCAGCCGAAAUAAUACGAUCACGUUUCAACUGCCGAGGCAAAGGAAACCAGACUAACUGCUGAACGCAUCAUUUUCUCCUGGUGUGUGUGCAUGUGUGUCGUGGGGGGGGGGAACACCUGUGAGUUUGUGUGUUCGUCUGGCUAGCACAUCAACUGGAGGAGGAUGGGAAGUUAUUUCACACCCAUACGCACGCACAGACACACAUUAUUGCAGUCACAUUUAGCAUGUUGUUGCAUAUCUUCUGGUCAUGGUCUGCUGAGAAGUCCAAAAUCCUCCUGAUAAACGAUCAAAGCAUUUUGGUUGGGAAUGUACACUGUCAUUAUAGUGAUUGUAGAGUAGAAUGUAUUUACUCAUAGAGAGAGUAAACUUGCUUUUGUGUAGAGAAGCAUAUAUACAGAAUAUAUAUGGAUACAUACAUAUACAUCUAUAUAUCUUUUGAUCUUGUGUGUGAGAGUUGUUUUGGGCGCAUCCACCCUGUUAAGAUUCAUAUUUCUCUCCCCUUUUUCAACUUUUAUUUAUUAUGUUCGGACAAAAGUAGCGUCCUACGGGUGAUGAGUGUUUAUGUUUUUCCUGUAUAUAUGAUUUUUUUAUUUUAUUUUUGACAAAAAGGGGUUUAAAAAGAAACAGUUUUACGAUGCUGCCUAUGAAGUGAUAUCUGUCCACAGAAUCUGUGUGAUUCAUGAAUUUAUCAAAGUGAUUUUUUGGUGAAAUGUAACAAUGACAGGGUGGGAGUCUCACAGGUCGUGCUGAACAAAGGCCAGUGACAAUGAAUCAUUUGAACUUGCUGUAUUGAUUAGUAGCAACAUUCACAGCAGUGAUGAUCUGUGGUUGUCACUGUUUUUGACAUAAUCUAUGCUUGACAAACUGAAAAUAAAUCUGAUAAAGUGCUGAAUCUCUA